GCCGUCGGCCUUGGGAACUACAAUUCCCAGGAAGCCGUACGGCAGGAGCUUCGGUGGCGCCUGCGCAAACUUCAACGGCGGCAGAAGCGUCGGCGGCGUGUCCUCGGCACCGAUUGGUCGGGAGCGAGAGCGGUUUGGGGCCCGCGGAAAACGCGCGCCUAGACCUGAACCUGCAGACCUCGUUCUUGCUGGUGGUGGCGGAGGUAAAGGCGGCAUGGAUCUCAGCGAGCUGGACAGAGAUAGUACGGGCCGCUGUCGCCUGAACUCGCCUGUGCCCGCGGUGUGCUGCAAGGAGCCCUGCGCCCUGGGCGUCGAUGAAGCGGGCCGGGGCCCGGUGCUGGGCCCCAUGGUCUACGCCAUCUGUUACUGCCCCCUGUCCCGCCUGGCAGAUCUGGAAGCCCUGAAAGUGGCAGACUCAAAGACCCUAUCGGAGAGUGAGCGGGACAGGCUCUUUGUGAAAAUGGAGGAGGACGGGGACUUUGUGGGCUGGGCAUUGGACGUGCUGUCUCCAAACCUCAUCUCUACCAGCAUGCUUGGGCGGGUCAAGUACAACCUGAAUUCCCUAUCCCAUGAUACAGCCAUUGGGCUGGUGCAGUAUGCCUUGGAUCAGGGUGUGAAAGUUGCCCAGGUAUUUGUGGACACAGUAGGGCCGCCAGAAACUUACCAGGAGCAGCUGCAGCAGCACUUUCCCGGCAUUGAGGUGACAGUCAAGGCCAAGGCGGAUGCCCUCUACCCUGUGGUCAGUGCUGCCAGUAUCUGCGCCAAGGUAGCCCGAGACCAGGCUGUAAAGAACUGGCACUUUGUGGAAGAUCUCCAGGGCCUGGAUGCGGAUUAUGGCUCCGGUUACCCCAAUGAUCCCAAGACAAAAGCGUGGUUGAGGAAGCACGUGGAGCCUGUGUUCGGCUUCCCCCAGUUUGUCCGGUUCAGCUGGCGCACGGCCCAGAGCAUCCUGGAGACAGAGGCCGAAGGCGUUUUGUGGGAGGACUCGCCGACGGGGGAUCAGGAGGGACCCGGGAGGAUCAUGUCCUACUUCAGCAAAAGCCCCCAAACCCUGCCGCGCCUCCCACACCGGUACUUCCAGGAGCGAGGCCUGGAGUCUGCCACCACUCUCUAGGAGCCAGCCCGUUCUCCCUUGAUACGCGCCCCCACCCCAGCCCACCCCUGCCCCAUUUGUGAUUAAAGUUCUUUACGGAAAGCUGAA